AUGAAAAAACGCUCCUCCGGAGACGAGAUACCAUGGCGCACUAGAGAUGUGGAAACUUUGCGUCGCUUUUUGAUUUCGGCUCAGGAGCGUGUCAAAACCGCCGAUUCUACCGCUGCCUCUACGACAUUAGGGGACCGCCUACCCGGAUUGGCGUUGUCGUCAGAUGACGGCUUGUCACGUCAAUUUGCUGGCAUCUCUCCGCGUGUGGCAGACCGUGAUGCUGAUUCCCAACCAUUGGACUACACGCACAAUGCGCCUCCACACAAUGCUCAUCGCCCAUCUCAAGCUAUUGACAGUGUCAAUAGUGUGGAGACUCAGGCCAAUAUUUGCAUUUUGCGUGGACAGACGGGGAGUGGCAAGGUCACCGCCGUGCGUCGUUUGUGCCAGGAGAUCGGUUUGAAGAUUAUUGAGUAUGACCCCUUUGAAAUCGAUGUGAUAUAUAUGUCCCAUAGUGAAGCGUAUGACGCCAUGACGGCCACGUUCUUGCGUUUCUUGGACACAGUACGUCGCAAACCAGGUCUUCGCGUAUCGCAUGAGAAGAUGUCUCCAUCUAAGCCACCAGAAGCUUUUUCCCGUCGUGCCAAACGCAUUCGUCUGGCUAUGGAUCUCCAGCCAGCUGUCGUUGCGGUAACCAAUGACAACACUUCAUCGCAGGAGCCUCACGUGAUCUUGUUGAGAGAUAUUCCACGAACGUUGACUGGAAACAACAGCGAUUGCGCCCGACUAAUCCAAGAGGUGACCCGCAGUAUUCUGAACGGCGAGGGUUGCAGUGGAGGUGUGACACCUUACCCGUUGAUAAUAUGCGUCAAUAACACUUCCAGCGAUCGCCAGUUACUGCAUAACAUUCUCCCUUAUAACUACAAGACCCAUCCACGUUGCCUGAGUUUGAACGUGAACCAGAUUACUAAAGCUAAGGUGAAGACUAUAUUGCAUCGCUAUUUGGAUUCCCUGAAACGAGGACGUAACCCCUUUAACGACCGUCUUGUUGAUUAUAUCAGCACCAUUAGUUGCGGUGACCUGCGCUUUGGCAAGUGCAAUUUACACUUUUAUUCUGGCGUGGAUCACACUUCUGUAAAGUCACCUAAUGAAGACUUUGAUGUUGUGCGUAAUCACAUGUUUGAACGCAAUUCAAGUGCUAUUGUGUUCAAUAUUUUAGGCAAAGUACUGGUCAACAAACGCGUACCUGCUGUUCUGUGUGUGGAUUCUAAUUCUAUGUCUAAUGUAAUAGAAGCCCAAUUUUCAUUAGAUCGGUCGUCUAUCAUUGAGCGUUUCGGUUGUUGUUUCAAGGUGUCGCGUCCCGUAGAGAUACUCGCUUGUGAAAAGGUCACAAAUGCCUGCUCUAUUACAGAGGAUUACUCUGAUGUCUUGGAAAUUCUAUCAUCGCUUUCAGAUGAUCUUAGCGAGGCAGCUAUUAAGGUCGAGUUUCUGCCGCAACAUGAGGAGAACGAUUUGCUGGGAUCUUUGAGUGGCGCUGCGGUCACUGGCAAUUAUACGAACUUGUAUCAGUCAUCCUUCUACAACUCUGCUCUGGGUGACAUGCCAAUUGGCGUUCGUUUGUACGGUCUGUGUGAGCCUUUCGAUGCGUCUAAACCCCAAUCGCUUUGCAGAUGGCCGAUUAUUACGGGUGACACAUCGGCCACCCCUACCCGUCUCCCACGCUCUGCCCAGUUACCGGUUGUAACACGCCCUCAGAUCUACUACAACCCUGACGAAUUGGUUGAGAGCAGCAAUGUGGAGAGUUGUUUUUUGAUAGACAGCCUUCUCGAGAACUAUUCAAUUUACUACGAGUCUAUCGACGAUUGUGCAGCACUAACUGCACACCUAUGUACAGCUGAUGUCUAUAUCACGGGCCAUCGUCAUGCAGGCGCAGCUGGUGACGACACAAUGGAUAGCGCCCAUAUUACGUUUGCGUGUCUAUGUGUUCGGGCUGCGAGUUGCAGCAACUUAGGUGGCAUUGAAUCCUCAACUGGAUUUCGGCAAUUCACUAAAGGGGCUUGGCAAUCUGGAUCACGUCACGAGAUGAAUCGUAUGAAAGAUCUGUAUGAUGGUCACAUUCGCGAUUUGAAUUCGAGGAAUCAGACUCCGUCCUGUUGUUGGACCGGGGCCUACUUGUGCAAGAGUCGAGCGUUCGUCGAGAUUGUACCGUUUUUGUACAUGCUACUAACUAGCAACCCUGCUGGAGAGUCCAGUUGUUAUCAAUCCCCUCCGGACCGGAGCCUGAGCGGUUGUAACAUAAUGACAAAGUCUAUGUUGGAACGCAUCGACAUGCUCAUGGAAGUGGACCGGCACUCAACUCUUGAGAAGGUGUGCCCUACUGACAUCCCAUUUGAUAGUGUUAUGGAUACAAUGACUCCGAAAUUCGAGGAGCUUGUAUCUGAGCUCGGCAAGCAUUAUGAGCGCCGGUCUGGUCGACGCUGGGUGUAG